CCCAACUUUCUUUAUCCCAUUGACUCUCUAUAAAUAUCCUGCACACAACCACUUCAAUCCUUACUUAUAUAUUCCCCUUCUUCAUCUAGUACCACUACUAGUAGUAGUACUAUUCAUCUACCACAUAUCUCAAUAGACAAAUACAAUGCGCCCCUCAACCCGCCUCCUCAUCCUCACCACACCUCCCAUCAUCCUAACCUACACCACGCACCGCUACCUGUGCACCCUCGAAGCCAAAUAUCCCCCCAUCGACCCAACCACCACCACCAGCCUCGCUCUCCGCACUCCAAGCAAUCCAACAACCCAACACUGUCCCGAAAUCGACGUCUACGAAGCCAAACACAUACCAGCGAAAUCACUUCUAAAGCGAUACUCUACACUUCUCCAAUCCCAACACACCGAUACCCACGACUCCACCACAACCAACAAAGCAACCCUAACCAACGCCUGGAUCCUCACCUUCCUCAACACCAAACCCCUGAUAGUCGAAGGCAGCCUCGUCGGCUUAAUCAAGAAUAAAAUCUACAGUCCCGGAGAUGCGGGCCUCACUGACCCGGAGUUCAUACCUACAUCAACACCUACAAAUACAUCUUCACUCACAUAUAAACUCUCAUCCCUAUUCAUCACCCCCAAACCCCAAAAUCCAGACCACACAAUAGAACAAGAAAAAAGAAGCGAUCGCCGCUCCCUCCUCAACUCCGUCUUCACAGUCCAACAAACCUCCCCCACAACAGGCCUCCUACUCGCAUGGUACAUGCCCGACGAACCGCGCCUCUUCUUCGAGAAAAUCGCCCGAUGGGGAUACCCCUGGCGACUGAUGAGCGGGGGGCGACACGAGCUGAACAUCUCAGAGGUGUAUAUAUACCAGGGGGAAGAAGUAGUCGAUGUACGAUUCGCCUCGGCACAUGAUUAUGAGGUUGUGAGUGACGAGGAACAAACGCAGAAGAUAGUUCCUGCUUGGGUGGGGAGGUUGCAUCGCGGGUAUGCGAGGGCGUUGGUGGAUUGGGCUGUGAGGGAUUCAGAUGCUUAAUUGAGUUGGAUGUAAUCUUCACUCUGUAUAUAUAUAUACCAUGUUCAUAUUAUCUAGUAUAUAUCUCAUCUCAUAUUAUAUCAUCA